AUGGAAGAACCCAGCAUCUCCUUCGUAAGCCUCGGCUUGGUGGUCCUCGACGAGAUCCGCUUUCCCAACCAGGAACUGUUGACUGAUGUUCUCGGCGGUUCUGGUGCCUAUGCCACGCUUGGUGCUCGAUUAUUCCUCCGCCCUCCGCUGAGCCAUACCUUGGGCUGGAUGAUCCAUACUGGAAAUGACUUUCCAAAGCUCAUGGAGGACCGGUUAAAAAGCUGGGAUGCAACAUUGAUUGUCGAACGAGAAUCGGACAAGCCAUCAACCAGAGGUUUACUGGAGUACAAGGAUACUUCAUUUGGACCGAAACACUUCAAAUACACCACACCAAUCCUUACAGUCCACGACAGCAAUCUAAAGAACACCCCGCUCCUAACCUCAAAAGCAUAUCACUAUCUCGAACCCCCCCAAGACAUCCAAACCCGCCUCGCGAGCCUCCUCGCUCUCAGAAGAGAAGCAGGCGCGCCGGAACGCCCGUUCAUAAUCUGGGAACCGGCCCCUUAUUCCUGCCAACCCGAGAACCUCCAAGCAAGCCUGGACGCCGCACACGUCGUCGACGUGCUCUCUCCAAACCACCUAGAACUAGCCGCGCUCUUUGGAGAAUCGCCAUCAGCCGCUCUGGACAAGGCCAGGAUUGAGUCUCUGGCGCGGAGAUUCCUGAAGAGCGGGGUCGGCCCAGACGGAAAAGGCACCGUGGUCGUCCGGGCAGGCGAGCACGGCAGCGUCGUUGUAGCUCGCGAUAUCCCUCCCACGUGGCUGCCCCCGUUCUAUACAUCUGCACCAGGGAGGGAGCAGCAUUCCAAGAUCGUCGAUGCGACUGGGGCCGGGAAUGCGUUCCUCGGGGCGUAUGCUAUUGGCUACCUCCAUACGGGAAGUGUGGUUGAGGCGGGUUGCUACGGGACCGUGGGAGGGUCAUUUGCGCUGGAGCAGGUGGGGAUGCCGGAGAAGAGCGACGGCGAAGACGGGGAGUUGUGGAAUGGGGCGGACGUCCUUGGGAGGUUGCGUGAGUAUAGGGAGUCUGUUGGACUUGCUGCCUUGGGUUGA